UACAUACCUACAUCCAUGAUACCUACAUUCCAAUGUUACAUUCGUCCCUCAACACCAAUUACACCGAUUGAAGGAUCGACCUUUUCUUUGCGCCGUCACCGACACAACCAGCAUAACAAAAUCAGUAACACCAUGAUAUUAGCUGUUCCAAGAAGCUUCUCUUCUGCUCCAGCUAUAGCUUCAAAGCUGGAAGUCAUCCCGACUCUUCCCAACUUCACGACAAAGCGAAGAGCGAUACUUGCUACAAAGAUCUGUCUACUUGCCUACUUUGCCUACUUACUCUGGAAUCUUGUCACGUACCAGGCUCUCCCUUCACCAUGGAUCCUAACGCCUUCUAUUCCCGAGGAGGCAGAGAUUCGAAGGAAACGAGCAUCUCACCGCCGCCCCCUCAACGAACAGGGUCUGCUUCGAGCUUGCACAAGCCUGGCCAUGUCAUUUCUCAUAGCCAUCGUUCAAGCUUCGCCGAGAACUUGAGGGGGCUGCCACCCUCGCCGCGAAAUCAAAGACAUCCAUCCUUUACUCAAGCAGCCAUUCAGGAACUACUCAAUCAUCCGCCAGCCCCGAGACAGCACAACCCUCGUUUCGCCGGCAGGGAUUGGCGCGAUAUCGCAAUCGGAGAGCUUGUGUCGAAAGAUGAAGUCUCCUGGGUCGAAAUGGAUACUAGCGUGGAAGAUGCGACGAUGGCGCUACUUAAGAAUACCUCGAGCAACGUUGUCAUCGUUAGAGAAAACGCCGCUAGCUCCGUUCCGGUCUCGACCUUCGAUUAUAAUGACCUGAACGCAUACAUCCUAGUCGUAGUCGGUUUGGCGCAUCCAAGUGAGGACUUGGUCGAAUUGUACGAUACAGUGGCGACGAAGGCCCAAGCCCGGGUUAGUAUCCCUCUUCGCGAAGUCCAGCCAAUAUUCCGGAAAGAGUCGCUCGUUACCUUAGAAGGGGACGAAGAUCUAGCCAAAGCGAUUGAGGUUUUCGGUAGCGGCGUACACCGAGCGCUCGUCACCAAUCAUGACGGGGAAGUUGUUGGUAUCCUAAGCCAGUUGAAACUUAUCGAAUUCUUCUGGAAUGAAGGGGUUAAUUUCCGUGUCAUCGAUGAUCUCUACCCCAAGCUCUUGCGCGAUGUUGGCGUUGGAUCGCAACAGAUAAUAGCUAUUAAUGCGGACAGCCCUUUGACAGAAGCCCUCAAUCUUAUGAACCAAGAAGGCCUAUCAAGCGUAGCUGUCGUCGACAAUGGCUUAAAUGUCGUUGGUAACAUUUCUAGCGCGGAUGUCAAACACCUUACUAACGCUGCGAGCUUCCCGCUAUUGCAGAAUUCAUGUAUGCAUUUCAUAUCGGUCAUCUUGACUGAACAGGGUGUUGAGAAAGGCAAGGAUUCGUUCCCUGUCUUCCAUGUCAAUCCCUACUCGACGCUGGCGCACACGGUGGCCAAACUCGUGGCUACUCAUUCACAUAGAAUGUGGAUAGUGGAAUCAGCUUCUCCAUCACCUUCCGCACCCGGGACCCCUUCGCUAGGGCCCACCGUCUUCGUCCCGACUCCUUCUUCUUCGCAGACAUCUCUUACCGGUAGUCACUUCCCUUCCGUCCCCCCGGCUUCCACUUUACCUGGGUCUCAUUUGUCGGGCCGCCUGAUCGGUGUUGUUACCUUGACGGAUAUUCUUAAUCUGUUUGCGAGGUCCACCGGACUGAACCCAUCAGAUCCGAGCGAGCAACGAGCAAGAAGGCGGAGGAGCUCUAGCAGUUCUGUUCGCCCGUCUAUCGAGUCUACGCGUGCUAGCCUAGAUAUUCGACGUUAAAAGAUGCCAGGCUGUCGAGUAGUGCAUGGCAAGAAUCGGGGGGAAAGAGAACCUAAAUGUUGUUUAGGGGUUGGCAGGGUUACAAUACACAGCAGUAUGGUGUCACCGUGAUCCUAUUCUUAUCUCAGGGCUCUUUCUUAUUUCCACAUCAGCAGUAGAGAGGGGGUUUUGGUGAUGUUCUUUUUACGUCCCAUCUAUUCCAAAGCGCAAUGACGUUUACGAGAUACGCCGUUGGGAGUCCGUGGCGUUACUUCCGGGUUUCUCUUUACAAGGAUCAUAGUCGGAGUUAGACAUAUUCAAAUAUUACCAAUGCGUGCUUGUCCCUCUCGUUUCUUUCGGCAGUGAUACCUGGCUAGGUGAUAUCAAACUUUUGAUGGUGAUAUUAUGUUUACAUUCUGCACGACGUAUGUAACGUAAGAUUUAAAUGUUUAAUACAAUGAACAAUAGCAUAA